AUGAAUAUGUUGUAUAAAUUAUUAUUAUUUUUUUUUUUUAUGCGAGCAUUGGAAUGCUAUAGGAUACCAAAUAUCCAAAAUCUGAAUAAGGUUAAUACAAAUAAGUACCUACGAUCAAACCGUGAUUUAAAUUUAUCGGGACAUAAUAAAGAAAACAACUAUUAUUGUGGGGAAAAUAAAGUAGCUUUAGUAACAGGAGCAGGAAGGGGUAUAGGACGAUCCAUUGCGAAAACGUUAGCUAAAUCUGUUUCACAUGUUCUAUGUAUAAGUAAGACACAGAAAUCGUGUGACAGUGUUUCCGAUGAAAUAAAUUCCCUUGGGUAUAAAGCAACUGGAUAUGCUGCUGAUGUUUCAAAUAAAGAAGAAAUAACCGAAUUAAUUAAUAAAUUAUUAACAGAUCAUAAAAGUAUAGAUAUACUAGUUAAUAAUGCAGGAAUAACGAGAGAUAAUGUGUUUUUGCGUAUGAAAAAUGAAGAAUGGGAAGACGUAAUAAAAACGAAUUUAAAUUCACUAUUUUAUGUAACACACCCUAUAACUAAAAAAAUGAUUAGCAAUAAAUAUGGAAGAAUUAUUAAUAUGUCUAGUAUAGUAGGAAUUACAGGAAAUUUUGGACAAACAAAUUAUUCUGCAUCCAAAGCAGGGGUAAUCGGAUUUACAAAAAGUUUAGCCAAAGAAUUAGCAUCGAGAAAUAUAACUGUUAAUGCAAUAGCUCCUGGUUUUAUAUCAAGUGAUAUGACUGAUAAAAUAAGUGAUGAUAUAAAACAAAAUAUUAUUUCGAAUAUUCCGGCUGGAAGAAUGGGAACACCCGAAGAGAUUGCAAAUAUGGUAGGAUAUCUAUCUUCAGAAAUUGCAGGAUAUAUAAAUGGAAAAGUAUUUAUAAUUGAUGGUGGAUUAUCAAGUUAA